AGGUGGGACUAUUGGACUGUGUUCCCAUGAGAUCCUCUAACUUGACUCCAGAGCAGGAGAAGGACAUUGAGGUGGCACGUUGUGGAGCUUUGGCUCUUUGGAGCUGUUCUAAAAGUACUAGGAAUAAAGAAGCAAUUCGUAAAGCUGGAGGAAUCCCGCUACUAGCAAGAUUGCUUAAAUCUCCUCAUUCUAACAUGUUGAUACCUGUGGUGGGCACUUUGCAGGAGUGUGCUUCAGAGCCAAGUUACAGGCUUGCGAUAAAGACGGAAAAAAUGAUUGAAGAUUUAGUAAAAAACUUGAACAGUGAAAACCAAGAGCUACAGAUG